GCGGCUUUAAACCAACAAAUAGGGUUUAAGCUCUUCUCCCACAAUGGCGACGACCUUGAAUCGAAUCCUAAAGCAAAAAUGUAGAUCGCUCUCCGCUCUCUCGCAUCGGAGCCAUCCUCAAGGCCUCCUCAAUCUCACUCGCUACGAGAAUCACGACCCUCUCCCUUCGCAGUUACCAGCUCUUAGAUCAACCACGCGCUCCUUCCUCGACUUCUAUAAGUUUGGGAAUAAGAAAGCGAUUGAAGACGAGCGUGCUAGACUUAAUGAUGAGAUGAAUAGGGGGUACUUUGCUGAUAUGAAGGAGUUCAAGGAACAUGGUGGUAAGAUUGCAGCUGCUAGUAAGGCUUUAAUUCCUGCUGCGUCGGCCAUGAAGUUUCCGGUGUUAGGGGUGACUUUCUCUGAUGGGAAAAGCAUGAAGCUGCCUAUUACUUCCAACAGCAAUGUGGUUGAGACAGAGAGUUUGGCUGUUCCUAAGGUGACAUUGGUGUGUUUGUCUUUCCGAGCUAGCUCUCAGGAAAUGAUCAGCUCGUGGAGCAAACCAUUUAUUGAAUCAUUUGGCGACAGGAAAGAUCUUCAGUUGUUUGAGGUUUCAUUUAUAGACAAAUGGCUGCUAGGGGUAGCUCCCAUAAGGAAACUACUUCUCCGAGUCUUGAAAAAACCAAACAACAGUGAGAACAGUGUCCUCCAGAGGCAGAUUGUUUACUCAUUUGGGGACCAUUAUCACUUCCGAAAACAAAUGAAAGUUCUGAACCUUCUCACCGGGUAUAUUGUCCUACUAGACAAAUCGGGGAGAAUAAGAUGGCAAGGCUUUGGAACAGCAACACCAGAGGAAGUAUCUCAACUUCUCUCUUGCACCUCACUCCUCUUGAAAGAUCAAUGAGAGAUCAUUGCCUAAACCAGAGGCUGUCUCAAAAAGACCAUUGCUCCUCCUUGACUCUUAUGAAGGAUGUGCAACAAUUAAACUUCAGGGCUCACAGAAGACAAUAAACUCUCUUAUCUUUCGGUUUGUUUUAUACUUUGAUUGGAUUGGUGUUAAUUGUUAUCACCAUAUUCAGAGGCAAUAGAGAAAACCUGUUUUCCAGUCUAUUUUGAUGUUUGAAGACUAAAAGAGAGCAAUGCUCAGUCUUCAGUUAUUUCUCUGUCAGAUAUUCUGUUGUAUUCAUAUGAGAGCUUAAUGGUCUAAAUCUUUAUCUUAUACAAUUGGGAGGUUAAGUGAAAUAAAGUUUAAU